GCAGUGAGUCGUACAAGUGUAGAAGAAGAAGAACACUUGCGCUUGCUAUCUAGCUACCUCGUUGCCAACUAACUGCACAGUUGAGCUCAUCAGCAGCUUCCAGCUAAGCUAGCUCGCCGUCGAGCUCGCACUGCACUCAUCAGCAAGCUAAGCUUAGCAAUCUUGUCCACUACUGAUCGAUUGAUCCUAUAUAUAAAUUCCAAGUGCAACGACAGCAGCUAGCUACCAGCACCAGUUUCAUAUGUUCAUGUAUAUAAUUAUAUAGCUAGGUAGGUUGGUAGCUAGAGCUGAUCAUCGAUCAUGGCGGAGGAGGCGGGUGGAGGGUGGCCGGAGCCGGUAGUGAGGGUGCAGGCGCUGUCGGAGAGCGGGGCGGCGACGAUCCCGGAGAGGUACGUGAGGCCUGAGGCGGAGCGGCCGUGGUCGGCGGCGGAGGAGGGGGGCACCAACAUCCCGGUGGUGGACCUGUCGUCGCCUGGGCCGGCGGCGGCGAGGGCGGUGGCGGAGGCGUGCCGGGAGUGGGGGUUCUUCCAGGCGGUGAACCACGGCGUGCCCCCGGCGCUGCUCCGGCGGGCCCGGCGCGUGUGGCGCGGGUUCUUCCACCAGCCGAUGGAGGUGAAGCAGCGGUUCGCCAACUCGCCGGCGACGUACGAGGGGUACGGCAGCCGCCUCGGCGUCGACGCCGCCGCCCCCCUCGACUGGGGCGACUACUUCUUCCUCCACGUCAGACCCCCUCACCUCCUCUCCCCUGACAAGUGGCCCCACCUCCCUCCCGACCUCAGGGAUACGACGGCGGAGUACAGCGAGGAGGUGAGGAGGGUGUGCGAGAGGUUGAUGGCGGCGAUGGCGGAGGGGCUAGGGGUCGGGCAGGGGAGGCUGCAGGAGGCGUUCGGCGGGGCGGAGGGCGCCGGCGUGUGCGUGCGGGUGAACUACUACCCGCGGUGCCCGCAGCCGGACCUCACGCUGGGCCUCUCCUCCCACUCCGACCCCGGCGGGAUGACCGUCCUCCUCGCCGACGACCGCGUCAGGGGCCUCCAGGUCCGCCGCGCUGGCGCCUGGGUCACCGUCCACCCCCUGCCCGACGCCUUCGUCGUCAACGUCGGCGACCAAAUCCAGGUAGCGACGAACGCGGCGUACCGGAGCGUGGAGCACCGGGUGGUGGUGAACGCCGCCGACGAGCGGCUGUCGAUCGCCGUGUUCUACAACCCGAAGAGCGACCUGCCGGUGGCGCCGCUGCCGGAGCUGGGGCCGCCGCUGUACACCCCCAUGACCUUCGACGAAUACCGCCUCUACAUCCGCCGCAAGGGCCCUCGCGGCAAGACCCAGGUCGAUCGCCUCGCCGCCGCCGCCAGAUAAUAAUCAUAUAUAUUCAUCGCCGUCGCCGGCCAUCUCCAUCAUCGCCGGCCAUGUGUGAUUCGUAAUUAGCUAGCUAGUUUAGCUAAGUAAUAAAUUAAUUAAUGGCCCUCCUGGACUCGCAUGCAUCCAUCACAGCUGAAAUGGAGUUAAUUAAUAAAGGUUGUUGCUGUCUGCAAUUGAUCAAUCGGUUCUUGAUCAAGGUAUUCUCUUAGGACAGUCUUCGUAUAUAGUUUUAUGGCAUAGCUAUCAAAAUUAUAAACUAGUAACUAAGUCAGAUGA